AUUUUCAGUCAUCCUUUAUAGUAACUUGGAUACGAUUAUGUUCAUUUGAAUUUAUGUAGCACCACAUAUUCAGUUUCUAUAAAAUAUUCAGGAAAAGCACGUUCACCGUAUAUUGCAAGAUUUUUGGAAAAGAUUACUUUAACAAUACGUUAUAAAAAUUACACAUUAAAGAAAUUGGCAGAUCUUUCAAUAAAUAUAAAAACUUUAUAGGUCUCUAACAAUAAGUUUUUUUUACGAGUUACGAUUGUACGUAGUAUAUUUUUUCAUCACUUAAAAAUGAAAAUUGAUGGCGAAAGCAACAACUACUGGCGACGAAUCAGUGUAGGAUGCACCAUAAAAACAACGGUAUAUUUGUUGAUCCUGGCAUUCAUUUUUUUCGCGCUACUCUGGAACAGAAACAAAUACACCAAUUCCUCGGAAUCACUGCUGCACGGGAACCGUAGAAUCCAUCAAAGAACCUCUGCGUUACCUUUAAAUUUUUUUGAUCCGAAACAUCAAGAUUACCAACGUCUGGUCGAUUUAAACGAUUUUUAUUUCACCAUAAUCGAUCCUCAAGCUUGCAACGCCACUGUCUUCCUGCUGGUGCUGGUAUCUUCCGCUCCUAACCACCUGCACCAUAGAAACAUCAUCCGGACCACGUGGGGUCAGCAAAGGAUAGAAUUGAAGAUUUUUUUUGUUUUCGGUCGAGUUCACGACAAGAACCUCCAGAAAGAUAUAGAGAAAGAAAGCGACGGUUAUGGUGAUGUCAUUCAAGGUAAUUUCUUGGAUACUUAUCGGAAUUUGACGUAUAAAACCAUGACAGCUUUCAAGUUUGUGCUGUAUCACUGUAACAAGGCUUCGUAUGUGUUGAAAAUUGAUGACGAUGCGUUUGUAAAUAUGCCUUUGUUACUGAAUUUCCUGAAAAACGAUUUAUCGGCUAAUGGAACGGAUAAUCUGUUCCUCUGUAACGUCAAGACGGGUUCAAUGGUGAACAGGGAUGUUCAUUCCAAGUGGUAUAUCUCAGAAAAGGAAUUGUCCAAUGAUUAUUUUCCUAGCUACUGUUCUGGAUGGUAUACGCUUCUUUCACCCGACGUUAUUUUUCGUCUGUAUGCAACCACGCAAAAACUGAAGUAUAUAUCGGUUGAGGACGCUUUCAUUUAUGGUAUAGCUAGACAAAAAGCUAACAUAACCCAAAAAGACUUUACUAGAUUCACCCUGGCUUACAGAAAGGAAGAACUACUUUUUAAUGGCACUUAUGACUCGCAGCCUUUGUUGUUUGGAGCUCCGAAUAUGAGCCCUGAACUAAUUAAGAAGUUUUGGCUGUAUUUCCGUAACAUGUUCGUUCUGAGGUCUUUGGGUGCCUUUUCUAAAAAAUAAGUUAGAUAUUAAAUUGAACUUAAUACCACUUGUUUUUAGUUCCUUAGUUAUGUUGACUUGUUUUCGAAAAAUAGGCUUAAAUGAAUUUUGACUUAUAUUGUUUUAAUGUUAUACUUUAUACUUUAGGUUAUUUAUUACCA